CAGCCUUCACUCCAUCCCCACUACACCUUCCUUCCUCCCACCUCCUACACACACAUCUCAACAUGAGUGACGAAGUCUAUGAGGGUGCCAUUGGCAUCGAUCUUGGCACUACCUACUCCUGCGUUGCCAACUAUGAGGGCACCAAUGUCGAGAUCAUUGCCAACGAGCAGGGGAGCUUCACUACUCCCUCGUUCGUAUCCUUCACCGCCGAGGAGCGCCUCAUCGGUGAAGCCGCAAAGAAUCAGGCUGCUAUGAACCCUGAAAACACCAUCUUCGAUAUCAAGCGAUUAAUUGGCCGCCGGUUCGACGACGACACCGUCAAGAAGGAUAUCCAGUCGUGGCCCUUCAAGGUCAUUGAUCAGGGCGGAAGCCCCAUGGUCGAGGUCGAGUACUUGGGCGAGACUAAAGUUUUCUCCCCCCAGGAGAUUUCUGCUAUGGUUCUUGGCAAGAUGAAGGAAGUUGCUGAAGUGAAGCUCGGCAAGAAGGUUGAGAAGGCGGUUGUUACUGUCCCGGCUUACUUCAAUGACAACCAGCGACAAGCCACCAAGGACGCAGGUGCCAUCGCCGGUCUUAACGUCCUUCGUAUUAUCAACGAGCCUACCGCCGCUGCUAUCGCAUAUGGUCUUGGAUCUGGCAAGUCUGAGAAGGAGAGGAAUGUUCUCAUCUACGACUUGGGAGGUGGUACUUUCGAUGUCUCCCUGUUGCACAUCCAAGGAGGCGUCUUCACCGUGAAGGCCACCGCUGGUGACACUCACUUGGGUGGUCAAGAUUUUGACACCAAUCUGCUUGACCAUUUCAAGAAAGAGUUCACGAAGAAGACCAAGAAGGAUAUUUCAGGAGAUGCGCGGGCCCUGCGUCGUCUGCGGACAGCAUGCGAGCGUGCCAAGCGAACGCUUUCAAACGCCACUCAAACCACCGUAGAGAUCGAUUCGCUGUUCGAUGGCGAGGAUUUCGCUUCCAACAUCACCCGUGCCCGUUUCGAGGAUUUGAACGCCAAGGCUUUCAAUGGCACUCUCCAGCCUGUUGAGCAGGUCUUGAAGGACGCCGGCCUUGACAAGGGCAAAGUUGACGAGAUUGUAUUGGUUGGUGGUUCUACCCGUAUCCCCAGGAUACAGAAGCUACUCAGCGAUUUCUUCAACGGCAAGAAGCUGGAGAAGAGCAUCAACCCUGAUGAGGCCGUUGCCUACGGUGCCGCUGUUCAGGCUGGUAUCCUAUCUGGUAAGGCUACUUCGGCCGAUACUGCAGAUCUUCUCCUUCUCGAUGUCGUUCCCCUCUCCCUUGGUGUUGCCAUGGAGGGCAAUAUCUUCGCUCCGGUCGUUCCCCGGGGCCAGACUGUCCCUACCAUCAAGAAGCGAACAUUCACAACCGUUGCCGACAACCAGCAGACCGUUCAGUUUCCUGUGUUCCAGGGCGAACGUGUCAACUGCGAGGACAACACUUCCCUUGGUGAAUUCACUCUUGCACCUAUCCCACCUAUGAAGGCUGGUGAUGCUGUUCUCGAGGUCGUCUUCGAGGUUGAUGUCAACGGCAUCCUCAAGGUCACUGCUACCGAGAAGACCUCUGGUCGCAGCGCUAACAUUACCAUCUCUAACUCUGUUGGCAAGCUUUCAUCCACUGAGAUUGAGACUAUGAUCAACGAUGCUGCCAAGUUCAAGUCCAGUGACGAGGCCUUCAGUAAGAAGUUCGAGUCCAGGCAACAACUCGAAUCCUAUAUCUCACGUGUUGAGGAAAUGGUCUCCGACCCUACUUCUGUCAUCAGGCUCAAGCGUGGUCAGAAGGAGAAGAUCGAGUCCGCUCUCAGUGACGCCAUGGCCCAGCUCGAAAUCGAGGACGCCGGUGCCGAUGAUCUGAAGAAGAAGGAGUUGGCUCUGAAGAGAAUUGUCACCAAGGCAUUCUCUACCCGCUAAGCGCAGUAUUGGGAUUAGUUUGAGUGCGAGAUCGCAGCAAAUGCAGAGUAUGUCAUGCGUGUGUUCGAGUGUGUGCUGUGGUGGAGAGGAUGCUGCAAGCUGCUGCGAGCUGCGAAUAUCCCUUUUUGCGGCAUUUUUAAUAGACCGGUGUUGUCCUCCUCUUCCUUUUCUCUUUUUCUCCCUUCCCUUUUUCCUCUGACGUCUGAUCACGAAUUCCGGAUUCGGUGGCUGGGAAUCGUACCUGCAAAGGAUGGAUGGAAAAGUUAUGAAGCUGUGUGUCUGUGUGUGUCUGUGUGUAUCUGGUACUUUACGUCGGUGAUGCCCCCCCUAUUGACUCAUUGAUUGACUGAUGUGACGGCCAUGGGUCUGGCUCUCUAAGUUAUGGGUUGGCGCUGUUUGUGUGUAUUAGGAGAAGAGCAUAAAAUGGGAUAAAAAUUGAAUCAAUUGGAAGAUGUG